AUGCAUCCCCCAACUCUAGAGGAAUUACUUCAUGAUAAUUUAAUUGAUGUUGAUCAAUUUAAAGCAAAUCCAUCAUCAGUUAAAACUCUUGAGUGUUUUCACUAUGAUCUCCCCGUUCAUCCCGAUUUUUCACCAUUUACUGGUCUAAUUGAGCUUCGUGUGAUUGAGCAAGAUGUUGUUGACCUCGAAUGGCUUAAAGAUUGCAAGAAUCUACAGACAUUAAUAGUCUAUCACACUACUUUGAAGGAUAUUUCCGGAAUUCAAUACUCAGUUUAUAUAAAACAGUUGAUAUUAGAAGGUAAUAAGAUCACAGAUUUCCCAGACAUAUCAAAACUAACCGAUAUUGUUGAAUUAAGUGUUGCAGAAAACCCAAUAAAAGAAAUAAAAGAAUUUCCUAAGAACGAUUCCUUACAAAUUCUCAAUCUUUCGAGUACAGGCAUUUCGUACCUAUCGGAUUCAAUUGCAAAUUUACCAAAUAUUCGAAAAUUACAGCUUGCGAAUAAUAAUUUACAUGAUUAUUCAUUAUUCAAGACUCUUUCACAACUACCGAAGCUACAGGAGCUAUAUCUCUAUGAUCCAAUCUACGACGAGAAUCCAAUUUGUUCAUUUCCAAAUUAUGACGUUCUUCCUGUUGCUCUUCUUCCAAAUUUAACAAUUUUAGAUACAUAUAAGAUCAACGAUAAAAUGAGAGAAAAAUCUCAAAGCAGAAGAAAGAAUGCAGAAUUAUAUUAUUUAUUUGAAGCUUCUUCCAACAUGUCAUUGGUUUACGAUGAACUAGAAGAGUUCCACAGCAAGGCUAAUGAGUAUUUAUCCUCUAUCACUUACGAAAAUCCAAUAGACAGAGAAUUAUUUUCAGAAAUUUACAACAUCAUUAAACAUUUUGAUGAAAUUGGCAUUUCACUUCAAGAAUUCUACAGACAGGCAUCAACCACGACCUUUCUAAGUGGCGGAUGUACUACAAUUGAGCAAAUAGACACAGAAGACGAGAAAUCUCGAGAUUUAGAGGACACAAUCUUAAGCAAAUGUACGACCAAAGACAACUUUACACUCUACGGUGUCUGGAAAGUCACUCAUACAGCUUCUUUGUCCGAAAUUGAAAAAGAUGAACUUGUCGAACCCUCCAAAUUCGAAAUUGUUACACCGGAAUCGCUGAAUGAGUCCAUUAAAUGGCUUUCCGACUGGAAUCACAUUCAAAAUUCGUUGGAAGUCACUUCAAAUUUGACAAUUAACAAACAAUCAACGGUUAUCUUCUGCCAUCCACGCCAGAAGAGCCAAACCCUUGUUCCUCAGUAUAUAGCGUUCUUCUGCGAAUCGUUUGAAUACGCAGCAAGAGAAAUUGAAAGAAUUUGUUCUCAAAUCAAAGAAAACCAUAUUCCUAUGGAGCCAAUAAUUAACGAUGAGUCGCUUAUGCUUGUUUCCAAACCAUUUGAACUGAAAGAAACCCUUACUUCCGUUACAUUAACAAAUUGUGGAAUUGAAUCGUUAUCUGUGUUUUCCGGACUUCAGAACCUUAAGUAUCUUUCAAUUCCAUUCAAUAAAAUCACAACUGUAAGGGAUUUACCCGAAAUUCCUCAGUUAGAAGUUUUGGAUGUCUCAUUUAACAGAAUUUCAACGAUACCCGACCUUUUCCCUGACAGUGACGCAGCCUCUGAUGUCGUAAAACUCUUUAUCUUCUUCGGAAACCCGAUUUGCACACCUAGAACAAUUUCAUUAUCGAUGCAGUUCUUCAGGAACUCAUCGCCAGUCAUAUCAGAGCCCAAGAUACCACUGUAUGUACCUAUAGAAGCACCUAGCGAUGUGUUUUUGACCUCUGUUUUCCCUUCUGGAAUACAAUUGGAACAAAUCUCGAGUUUGGACUUCAGAAACCAAUGCCUGGUUACACUGGCGCCACUUUCUGAACUCCCUGCUCUCAAGAUUUUGUACGCUUCCGAUAAUAUGUUGACAAAUAUUGAUUUUUCAUCGAAAACUCUUACUUUCGGGGACUUUUCUCUCAAUUCUAUCAAAAACUUCCCUACAGAAGAGAAUUUCCCAGCUCUGGAGACUCUUCUUUUGAAUGGUAACUCAAUUACGAAAUUAUCUCGUAUCGAAAACCUUUUGGCGCUAUUCAUAUCCGAUAACAAUGUUGAAGAAUUGAUAUCAGACGAGUUAUUCCCUAAUUUGGUCUCUCUUUGCUGUAAUGGAAACCCAUUAUUGAAAAAUUACAACGAAAACAGAAUCAUUUUCUCAUUGCCAAAGCUGAAGAUGCUCAAUGGUACAAGAAUAACUCCUGCACUCGCAACAAAAGCUAAGAAUAUGUACACAGGAGUCUUAUUCGCUGAAUCGAACACUUCCCUAUUCAAAACAGGUUCCACGACGAUUAUUUUAUCAGAAAAAGGUUUGAAAGAUGUAAACUCUCUAAAAAGUGACACCCUGAUUGACCUAGAUCUCAGCAAAAACAACAUUUCUACGAUCACCUGGGAGAGCACGAGUCUUCCUCGCUUGCAGAAACUCAAUCUCUCCAAUAAUGCUAUGUUGUUAUUCGAUUUCGUUCAAUUCCUUCCAAGAUUGAGGUACAUUGACCUUUCUUUCAACAAGAUAACCGAUGAUAUAUUCUCCUGUUUGCAGAAUACGCCAUUCCAGAGCUUACAAACCCUUAUUGUCGCUAAUAAUUCCAUAAAAUCUGUCGAUUCUUUCUCCCAGAAGCAUUUUCCGAACUUAGAAACACUUAGUUUGUCUCAUAAUUACAUCAAUAAGAUUGGUGCCGGUGCUUUUGCCCAUCCAAAACUAACAACUAUUGAUUUAUCUUAUAAUUCCUUGAAGAAACUGGAUAAUAUUGCUUCACCACAGAUCCUUGCACUCGAUGUAUCUCAUAAUAGAAUUCCUACUGUCGAAGAAGUUGAAAAACUCAGAAUUUGCUCGCAAUUAGUUCAAUUCGCCUUCAACGACAACAAUUUGACCCAAAGAAUAUCUCCUCGUAUCAGAAUACUUUCUAUACUGAGAUCCGUCAAGGAAUUGGACGGAAAACAAGUCACAGAAUCAGAUUUGAACCAAGUCAGAAUAAUUAUCGAACAAAUGACUGGCGGACCCAUCAUUUCUGCUCGUUCUCCGAAAGCAGCCGCUGCACCAGUACAAACGCAGGCUCUUCCUCCUUUGCAGGGCGGAAUGAAGAAGAAAACUCUCAGAUAUCCAAGACAGUAA